AUGGCAAUUCUACGAAGAGAUGCGUUUUCUGAAUCAGAAGAACCAUCAAGUCCUUCGCUGGCCGCUUUAGGCUUUCCGCCGUUGCAUGCGAAUAGCACUAGUCCGAUGGUCACCGAGAGUCCAUCUCCAGGACAGGAUUCUAGAAUAGACUCCAGAAGUGGUACCCAGGGUCGUUGCUCGUCUCUAGAAAUUGAAGUGAAGCAAGAGUUCUGCCCAUCGUAUGGAAACUUAUCGCUAAUCAGCGAUCAUGAAAAAUCAGUGGCAAUGGUUUCAUCCAGUGGCACCGUGCUAUCAGAAUCCGAAGUGGACGAAUUGCUUCGGCUGGUACUUUCGAAGAAAAACGUCAUUCUGAAUGAAGCGGCCGAUGAAGAGUCGAAGAACCGUGCAUGGCGACAUGUUCACGAAAUCCUCAGUGGAAUCACUCAGACUGCACCAACUGUCGAUCAACUUAAAGAGAUUUUUCAUAGGAAACGACAUCAUAUCAGCGAUAUCGUUUUGAACUAUGCCAAGUGA